CAAGAGAGAAAAAGUGAAACUGUCAUGUCUUCCUCCAGCAGUCUCCUGUCUGAAGAUCAGCUCCAGUGCUCUAUCUGUCUGGAUGUGUUCACUGAUCCAGUCUCGACUCCAUGUGGACACAACUUCUGCAUGGUCUGUCUCAAAGAGUGCUGGGACAGCAGUUCACGCUGCCAGUGUCCAGUUUGUAAGACAGAAUUCCCUACAAGACCUGAACUGUCUGUGAACACGUUCAUCUCUGGACUGGCUGCUCAGUUCAAGAAGUCAGUUCAGGUCAAAUCCAGCAGAGCUCCAGAGAAACGACCCUCUAAACCUACAAAGGUUCUGUGUGACUCCUGCAGUGAGGAAAAGCUGGAGGCUCUGAAAUCCUGUCUGGACUGUGGAGUCUCUUACUGUGAGACUCAUCUAGUGCUUCAUAAAACCACACCUAAAUUUAAGAAACACAAACUGAUGGACGCUGUGGAGAACCUGGAGGACUACAUCUGCCAGAAACAUGAGAGACCCCUGGAGCUGUUCUGUAGAGACGACCAGACGUGUGUGUGUCAGUUCUGCACUGAGAGAGACCACAAGACUCACAGCACUGUUCCUAUAGAGGAGGAGAUUAAAGUGAAGAAGACUCAGCUGGGAAAGUCACAGGCAGAAGUUCAGCAGAUGAUCCAGGACCGACUGAAGAAGAUUGAGGAAAUCAAACAGUCUGUAGAGCUUAAUAAAAAAAGCUCAGAGAAGGAGAAAGCAGACAGUGUGGAGGUCUUCAGAGCUCUGCUGCGCUGCAUUGAGAGAAGCCAGGCGGAGCUGCUUGAGGUGAUGGAGGAGAAGCAGAAAGCAGCAGAGAGGCAGGCUGAAGAGUUCAUUAAAGAGCUGGAGCAGGAAAUCACUGAGCUAAAGAGGAGAGACACUGAGCUGGAGCAGCUCUCCCACACUGAGGACCACCUCCACCUCCUACAGGUUUACCCGUCCCUCUGCAGCCCCCCACACACCAAGAACUGGACUGACGUCAGGAUUAACACUCAUCUGAGGGUGGAGACUCUGAGGAGAGCUCUGACUCAGCUUCAGGAAGAGCUCAGUAAGGAGAUGGAGAAGAUUCCUGAGAUCGAACUGAAGAGAAUUCAACAAUAUGCAGUGGAUGUGACUCUGGAUCCUGAUUCAGCUCAUCCUGAACUCAUCCUGUCUGAUGAUGGGAAACAAGUGAGACACAGAGACGAACGACAGAAUCUCCCUGACAAACCAGAGAGGUUUGAUUAUUGUGUUUUUGUGCUGGGAAAGGAGGGGUUCUCCUCAGGGAGGUUUUACUAUGAGGUUCAGGUCAGCGGGAAGACUAAGUGGGAUUUAGGAGUGACCACAGAGUCCAGCAACAGGAAGGGGAGGAUUACAGCCAGUCCUGAGUUUGGAUACUGGACUGUAUGGCUGAGAAAUGAGACUGAAUAUAAAGCUCUGGACUCUUCCAUGAUCCCCCUCUCCUUGAAACAGGCUCCCCAGAAGGUGGGGGUGUUUGUGGAUUAUGAGGAGGGUCUGGUCUCCUUCUAUGAUGUUGAGGUCAGGUCUCAUAUCUACUCUUUCACUGGUCAGUCUUUCACUGAGAAACUCUAUCCUUUAUUCAGCCCCUGUCUCAGUGAAGGAGGUAAAAACUCAGCCCCACUGAUCAUCACACCUGUUAAACAUCAUAAAUGAGGUGAUUUUCUUUAAUGAAACAUUUAUGUCAGAAAAAAAUGUCAUUUGAAAUGUCAAGUUUCAGAGCAUAACUAGAGAUUUUUGUAUUCUAUAUAACAUUAUGUAAUUAAUGAAUUAAUUAACAAGCUAAUAAAUUAAUAAAUAAAUGAUUUUUUGAUUCGCUUAUGUUGGAGAACUCUGCUGUAAGUCAGUUGUACAAUUUUAUAAUACUGUUUAUCACAGAUCUCCUUUUAUUGAACUGAAAUCAUCAUAAAGUUCAAAAUAUCAGCUUCAGUUUGAUGAAUUUGAUGUGGGAAUCACAGUCUUUUAUAUAAAGAUGAAAUGCACAGCGUUUUGGCCUGUCAGGAAAAAAUAAUCUCUUUUUUUAUUUGUAUGUAAAUGCUUAAAGUUAUUUUUUGUUCCAAGAAAUUUACUCCAAAUCCCAAUAAAAUAAAAUUUAAAAUAACUAAACUCUCUAAAUGUUUAAUAAAUAAGCUUAAACUGAUUUUUAAGUUCAGUUGGAAACAAUAAACAAAACAAGGACAUAUGUCUGUUAGCAUAAGCUCUGUGUUCAUGUUGUCCAUUUUUAUUUCAGUCUGUUUAAAGCAUGAAAUGUUCAAGUUUCCAUGAAAUUGUAUUAAAUGUCAAAUGAAGCUACAGGAUACAGAACUUCUCAAAGCACCAUAAAGUGUUUUGAUCUAAGUGCAGGAUGUGUACACAAUAGAACUUUCUCUGCAGUCUCCUCCAUACAGUGCCCUCCACAAAUAUCGGCACCCUUAAUAAACGAGAGCAAAACAGGC